AUGCCCACGCGUCGCACGCACCGCAAGUCGAGACAUGGUUGCAAGGCCUGCAAGCAGCGCCGAGUCAAGUGCGACGAAGUAAGGCCCGUCUGCUCCAACUGCAGCCAGCGUGACGAAACAUGCGAAUAUGUCGCUGAAUCGUCUCUCAUCUGGGCGGCAGACGAGCCCGCGCGACCGCGGAGCCGGCGGCGCAACAAGCCUUCCAGAGAAAGCACCGUCGACGCGUCGCCGAGUCCCAACGCGCCAUUCUGGCUGUUGGGAGGGUUCGCCGAUGGAUCAACGCCGUCGACAUCGACGGCAACGUCAACCGCAGUCCCGACCGUCGACCUGACGCAGAUGCGACUACUGGUCAACUGGCAGAACGAGACAUGUCAGUUCUUCUCGCGCGACACAGACACCCGCAUCGUCUGGCAGCUGCACCUCGUCGAUGAAGCGCUCAAAUCGCCCUCGCUCAUGCAUGGUAUUCUCGCCGUGUCGGCCUUGCACUUUGCGCUCUCCGAGGCUCCCUCCGAGCAGCCGUUCUGGCUCGAACUGGCCACAGCGCACAAAGGUCAGGCGCUGCAUGCGCUCCGAGAGGGCAUUCGGCAGGUCACGCCAGAGAACUCGAGAACGCUGAUGGGGCUCUCAGCCCUCGUUGUCGCCUACGCCUUUGGCUCCGCCCUGACGGCCGUCUCCGAAAGCGAGAAACCAGGUCUCGCCGCCCUGAACAACGUGUUUGUCCUGUGUCGCGGCGUGCAGCAGAUCACGAGCAAGGCGCAUUCCUUCUUGUGCACCAGCAACUUUGCGCCACUCUUCACACCAGGCGAUCCCCCCGUCCAAAUCCCUGACCACGUCCAGCGCUCGCUCGACCAUCUCGACCGACUGAACACGGACUGCCUCCACGCAGGCGCACACGACGCAGCGACCUAUACCCGCGUCAUUUCGGCCCUGCGUGGCCUAUCUGCGCACGCCUUUGCGCAGCCGAACUCCAUGACGCUUCCGGCGGGAUGGGCGAUUCGCGUGUCACCGGAGUAUCUAGAGUAUCUGCAGGCGAAAGCGCCGCUAGCGCUUGUGGUCCAUGCGCACUACUGUGUGUUUCUGCAUAUGGCGCGCUGGAAUCCAUUCUUGCAACUGUGGGGAAGGGCGGUUUUGGAGGAUGUGCUUCAGCUUUUGGAUCCCAGCUGGAUGGUGCAUGUUGAGUGGCCGAUUCGGGAGGUCUUGGGAGAGGGAUAUCAGAGCGCGGCUAUAUAA